UGGCGGAAACCGCCCCCACUCCUCCUCGAUCACUUUCUCGUCCCUGCCUGUUGCGCGCCCCGCUCGGUAAGUUUCGAUUCUCUGCGGCGAAGCGAUGCUGCGACGGGGCGCCCUCGCUCUGCUGGUGCCGCUCAGAUGCCGCUCCGCCAUGGCGACGCCUCCCGAUCGCCGCUUCGUGGUGGAACUCACGGGCUCGGAGCUGGUCCAUUUUUCCCUGAGCGACGACGACAACAACCACCGUGCGCCUCCCCGGUGCUUCCUGCCCCGUCCGGGGAGAUGCUACUCCUUCUGCCUCCCGGCGGCGGGGAGCCCCAGGAAGCGGGUCCGGGCUGCCCGGCUGCACCGGCUUCUGCAGCGGAGGCUGAGCCAGGAGCAGCCCUUCGGCGCCGGGAGCGCAGCGCUGGCGCUCCUCUCCUACAGCCCCAGCCGCGAGGCUGCGCUGGAGAGAGGCUUCCUGGUGCAGGACGAGCGGCGGGCGCCCGAGAUCGAGCGCUCCCUCGAAGAGCUGCUUCGCCACCUGCUGCCGGCGCCGGUCCACCUUGCGGUAUACGAGGUGGCGGAAGGCGGCGAGGUGCACUGCGCACUGUGGCACCUUGACGGGGCGGCGCAGGGCAGGCAGCUGGUGCGCAGGGCGCGCGUGGUCGCCGAGAAGGAGCCGGCGCUGCAUCCUGCCGGCGCGCACCUCCUGGACAACGCCGUGUUCCGCUCUCGGGGAGCUGCCCGGAGGGUCCUGGAGGAGUGCACUUCUCUCAUUCCUGAGGCCAAAGCAGUCCUUGAUAUGGUGGAUCAGUGCCCUCAGCAUCCAACGAAGGGCAAUUUCCCGGUGAUAGUUAUCGAGGGUCUGGAUGCAACAGGCAAAACAACAUUGACUCAAGCUGUGAAGGAUUCGCUGAAUGCUGUUCUCUUGAGGUCUCCUCCGCCUAGUGUCAGCCAGUGGAGAAAGAUAUUUGAUGAUGAACCAACGCUCAUACGGAGGGCAUUUUAUGCUCUGACCAAUUACAUCCUUGCUUCCGAAAUAGCGAAAGCAUCCUCUAAGUUACCAGUGAUCGUAGACAGGUAUUGGCACAGCACUGCCGCGUAUGCAGUUGCCACCGAAAUAAGUGGGAAAGUGCAGAAUCUCCCUCCUCUGCAUCACGAAGUAUACCACUGGCCCGAAGACCUCCUAAAACCAGAUGUUGUUCUACUGCUAACUGUCAGUCCUGAGGAAAGAAUCCGGAGACUGAAGGGACGAGGGAUGGAGAAAACAGAGGAGGAGACUGAGCUAGAAGCUAAUACUUGUUUCCGUCAAAAGUAUGUAUUAAACCCAUAAUAUUGUUGUAAGCUUGGCCAGAGAAUUGGAGCGGAUGAACUCAAGGGCCCCUUUCAACUCUUGAUUCUAUGAUGUAAGGUACUGCUAAAAUGGACAAACCAGUCGGUCAGCUCUAUCCCGGCAUAUUGCUUUGUUAGGUCAACAACCUGAUGAUGUGUUGCCUGGGAACCAAGAUGGCUAAAGAAGGUUUAGGUGUUGGUUGAGGAGGAAUGCCUGUAUAGAGAAAGCAGAGCUGUCAGAGGGGAGCCACACCCUGUGCAGAGAAGGCAAAAGAGAAGAAUUGAGCUGGACAUUUUUUUAAAGAGUUGUUUUAACUGUGGCUCUCCAGAAGUUGUUGGGCUACAAUUCCCUUCAGCCCCAGCCAGUGCGGCAAAUAUUCAGGGAUGAUGAGAGUUGUAGUCCAACAACAUCUGGAGGUCAUAGGUUCCCACUUCAUGGCUUACACCAGAGGUCAGCAAGCUUUUUCAGUAGGGGGCCGAUCCACUGUCCCUCAGACCUUGUGGGGGGGCAGACUAUAUUUGGGGGGGGGGAAUGAAUGAAUUCCUAUGCCCCACAAAUAACCCAGAGAUGCAUUCUAAAUAAAAGCACACAUUCUACUCAUGUAAAAACACCAGGCAGGCCCCACAAAUAACCCAGAGAUGCAUUCUAAAAAAAGGACACAUUCUACUCAUAUAAAAACACGCGGAUUCCCAGACCAUCUGCGGGCCAGAUUUAGAAGGCGAUUGGGCCGGAUCUGGCCCCCAGGCCUUAGGUUGCCUACCUAUGGCUUACACCAUGUGGCAUUUUUAAAGACUUGGAUAAGGCCACCUGCUCCAGGCGAGAUAGCCUGGAGAAGGAGGCAGGCAGGCAAAGAUCCUGCUACCCACUUGCUCCUGAACCAGAUCACUUGACCCCUUCACCAACACAGCAGUGACACCCCCUGCCCAUUUUCUGAGCUGUUUUUCAUCCUGUCCCCUCUUCUCUCCACCUUGCCACGCUGUCCCUUAGUUCUCCUUAGGAAUCCAUUUCUUUCAAUGUUUUAAUUAUGGCUGUACUUCAGAUGUGUCGUGAAGUCUUUUGACUCCAGUUGGAAAGUGGGAUAUGCAUCUAAAACAGCUCAAUUAAGGCUACAAUCCUAAACAAACUUUCUAGUGUGAAAGGCCUGUUCAGCUUGGUGUGAUUCAUGUUGGGUAAACACAGGUGGGGUGGUGCCAUGGAGCCACCCAUUUGAUAUCAACACUGUUGCUGGUUACUGGGAUGGUGUGAGAGUGUCACGGUGUGGUUGGUGAGGUUGGAGCUGAAAAAGCACAGUGGCAGAGCCAAUCAGGCAUCCCUGUUGAUGCACUUUCAUGGCUCCGACCAUGCCACCACCCUGGGAGGAUAGUACUAUAAACAUAUCAGUGGAUAGCUGAAAUCUGUUAUAGGAGUCAAUCCUAAAUAAAUUGUCUUGGGAGUAGGUUCCUAAGGAGCGAACUGAGUAGCAUUGCAAUGGAAACAUUGUGACUCACUUCUAUGUGUGGGUUAAAUUUGUACUUUUCCUUACUUUUU